UUACUCGUCACAUUCCAACCGUUGAGAUACGAAGCUGGUGAAGCGGGAGCUGGAAGAAGAAGGAUGAAGAACAGAGGCCGGAGCGCGUGAAGACGGGACAGACUGGACCUUCAGAACAUGGAGCUUCAGCUCCACUGGCUGCUGCUGUUGGUCAGCUGCUUCACAGGGGCUGUGAGCGGCUUCAGUCCGUACCUGAAGCAUUACGAGCGUCUGUCCUACGACAGGGACGAGGUCCACAGGAGACACCUGAGGGUCAGCAGGGCCACACACCCACAGACACACACGCUGCAGCUGGACUUCACUGCCUUCCACAGGACGUUCCGUCUGCGUCUGAGACGAGAUGCGGCCGAGUUCACCCCAAACUUCAUGGUGCUCGGUGGAAACGGUGCCACAGACGCGGAUGUGUCUCACAUAUAUUCAGGGAGGCUGAAAGGUGAGGACGGCUCCUCCAUCCACGGCUCCGUGCUACAGGGUCAGUUUGAGGGAAGCAUCCGCACGCGUGACGGGACGUACCACGUGGAGCCGGCCCACAGAUACACGGGCAGCCAGACGGAUCAGCACUCCAUCAUCUACCGCGAGGACGACGUGGUGCUGCCGUCACUGGGAUCUCGCCCGGACGGAUUCUGUGGUGCCGAACAUCUGAACAUUCUCGCCCAAAGCCUGAGAGCCGACGAGGUAGGACAUCGCAUCCUGACCCCAGAACCCGUCUUGCAGGAGGCGCCGGUGAGCCGGUCCAGGAGGACCAUCGACGACUCAAAGACCAGCUGCCUGCUCCACAUUCACGCCGACCACCUCUACUACCAGAGGUUCAAGUCUGCGGAAGCUGUGGUGGCUCAGGUUGCCUCCUACGUACGAGCGGUGAACGACAUUUACCACAACAUAGACUUCGACGGAAUCAGGCUGAUCAACUUCAAGGUCAAAUCCCUCAGUAUAAUGACGGAGGAGGACGAAAACGACCCCCUGUCUCCGCUGUUCAUCGGACCUGAGAAGCUGCUGAGUCUGUUCUCCGACUCCAACUGGGGCAACUACUGCCUGUCGUACCUGCUCACCAACAGAGACUACAGCGGCGUCCUGGGGCUCGCCUGGGAGGGCAAGGCCGGUAACUGGGGGGGCGUGUGCUCCCAGCCCGCCGCCCUGCGCGACGGCCGCACCUCGUCUCUGAACACGGGCAUGGUCACCGUUCAGAACUACGGACACUACCUGCCCCCCGCGCACGUGCAGCUGACCCUGGCCCACGAGCUGGGCCACAGCCUGGGUGCUCCGCAUGACGAGGGUUCGAACUGUGGGGAUCUGGGCUCCACUGACGGUAAAGGCAGAUACCUGAUGUUCCCUCAAGCCACAGACGAGGUGCGCGAAAACAAUGAGAAGUUCUCCCCGUGCAGCAUCAAGCAAAUCAGCAAGAUCCUCAGCCUGAAGAAGGACAGCUGCUUUGUGGUCAGCGAUCAGCCCAUCUGUGGGAACCAGAUCGUGGAGGAAGGCGAGGAGUGCGACGUCGGCUAUAACAACACCGACCCCUGCUGCUACAGCGCCGAGGAGCCCCGGGGGGUCGACUGUCGCCUGAAGCCGGGCAAAACCUGCAGUCCCAGUCAGGGCCUCUGCUGCAGCCAGGACUGUGAGUUUAGACCGGCCGGACAGAUGUGCGAUGAGGAGACGGACUGCGAGCGAGAGAGCGCCUGCUCCGGGGCGUCCCCCCUCUGCCCUGAGCCGAGCCCCAAGGAGGACCUGAGCACCUGCAGCCAGGGCACCCGCGUCUGCAUCAGCGGGGUCUGCGCUGAGUCCUUGUGUGUGAAGCAUCGCAUGGAGCAGUGUGACUGUCCAGGAGACUCCAUGAAGGAGAAGUGCCACAUGUGCUGCCAGGAGCCCGAUGAGCCCGGGACCUGUGCCAGCACCGGCUCCUCGGUGCUGUCUCAGUUCUUCCGGGGCAAAGCGCUGCCGCUGGUCGGCGGAGCGCCGUGCUCCGGGAACCGAGGCUACUGUGACAAGUUCCACAUGUGUCGCCUGCUCGACGCGGACGGGCCCAUCGCCAGACUCAAGAACUCCUUCCUCCACCUGGAUGAAUAUGAGGACAUAGCAGAGUGGAUGAAGGCUCACUGGUGGGCCAUUUUACUGGUUAUCCUGACUUUAUCUGGAGUGAUGGGCUGCACCGUCUGCCUCUGUAGCCGCACCCUGGACACCAGGAACUUGGAGUGACCUUCACGUUUUGAUUCACAUCUUCUGUUAAAAUGCAGCUAUUAUUAUAAUAAUGAUAAUUAUUAAUAUUAUUAUUAUCAGCAACUUGUUUUGUUAACUCAUUUGUCUAUGUUACUAUGCUGUUCUCUCUCGGUUACCUGCAGUUACCUCUGCUGGCUGAUGACUGUUGGUACCUGUCUUCCAUCAUCUGGAUAUGACCUUUGAUCUAAAAGAUUUUUUCUACGAUCACUAUCAAUAAAAUGCUUGUUUUUUGUUAAACAGUGGUAAAACACACUGUCGACAUUAUAAAUGAACUUCAUGUGUGGUUUGUGAUCAUCUGAGGCGCUUCAUUACUUUUCAGGUGUCUGUUAGUUGUUUUAUCUUGUCAAAACCCAUCCAGUGGUUCCACAGUAUUUGAACAGUGGCUCAAGGUUAGAGAUAUUGUACAUUCUGCUGAUAACACUGCUCUACAUUUACUCAGGCUCAGUACAAGUUUCACUUUUAUGGAGUUUGUUUUACAUUUUUGCAUUUGUACGAUAAUAUAUUUGUGCUUGUUUCCACUACUGGACAUUUAAAAGGCACGUGUGUUGAUGAUCGAUGGAAACGCUUUGUACAGUUCACACAGCUGACGAUGAACUCUCCCUUCGGUCGCCUUGACAAUCAACCAAAAUGACGUCACAGAUACAAGGACAUGAAGAACCUGAGUUUGUUUUGGGUCAUUCAACCAUUCGUGAGGCUUUUAUAUCAAACACAGUACAGUUUGAAUUGUAAAAAUAUUUGUAUUAAACACACAUGUUCUUUCAUAAUAAAUGUGAAAUAUCCUUGAGCUGCUAA